UUUAGGCAGAAUUGCCCAGGUUUCAUUCCUGGAGUGUGUAACCCUCCCUUUUUUUAAACAGUAAUCAAAGCAACGGAAAGACAAAAUACAUUCCUUUAAAUCCUUGCUCAAAGAGGACAGGAAAUACCUUGCCUUUGUCCAAAUUCCCCUGCUGGGUGAGAGUCAAGUGCAGGGCUUUCAGGUCCAAAGAUUCCUUUUGGGAUGAGUCCUCACUCCGGGGAAAAAACAGGGUUUGUUUGUGAAUACUUUGGAGCUAUUGAGUUCCACAGGAAGGUUCUUUAUCUGGUGAUCUUGGAUUACAACGAGGUUUUUGUGUUGGAGCUGACUCCUGCUGAUUCCUCUGGAAGAGCUGCCCAAAGGCCAGCAGCAGCAGAAGAGCCUCUAGAACAGGGAGCAGAGUUCCAGGAAGCCACAGAGCCAUGGGAGACAGUUCCCCUGCGUCCCCUGGGCUCUGUCAGGAAUUCAGACAGGACCCACUCCCCAGGGCUAAGAGGCUGUCGGAUUCUGCAGUGCAGGUGCAGGCCCUGCAGUCAGCUAAGAAAGCCUGUGUGCUGAGGCGUGGCUGCAGCACUCCAGACCCAGCAGGGAAUCUUCUCUUCCCUUCCCCAAGCUCUGGCUGCUCCCUUUUCCUGGAGGAGAGUGCCCAGGAUGAGUUUGGUGCCAGUUUUUCUGUGCCCAAGUAUGACGACGUGGCCAUUUCCCUGGACAUCAGUGGGUGUUUCGACGACAGCGAGCUGGAUGACUCCUUGCUGGAGCUGUCAGGCAGCGAGAAAGGGAAUUCUCCCUUUGAUUACACCGAGGAAGAGAUCCAGGAAAUCUUGGCAGAUGAUUCCAUGGAAGCUGAGCAGCAGCACCUCGCUGGUGAAAGCCACCUGAGCCAAAGUGUGAGCGGAGAGAGCGACAAGACAGAGAGCAGCGGCUGCACCGCAGGGACAUUGGUCAGUGAGGCAGCCUCAGAGGUCACAGAAGAGCCAGAGGAACCCCAGGAGCAUCCCUCAGGCAGCUCUGGGUGUGAUCCUGGCUUUUUGGGUGGCAAUGCUGCCCUGGAUGGGUCCCAGCUGCAGGUGGAGCUGGACCUAGACCUGCAGGAGCUGCUGAGCCUGAGCCCGUUCGCUGCCGCCUGCGCCGGUGAGGCUCUGGAGGAAAACAACCUGGAAAGAGAAACUUUGGAUGCAAUGAUAGAUGAUUGUUUGGGAUAUUCCACAGCUGCUGGGAGCUGCAGUCCUGAAAAAUCCACAGAGAGGGUGAUGCCUAAAGGCUGGGAAAGCGUGGAUCAGGAUUGCCUGGGAAGAGCCAUGCCCUCAUCCAACCUUCCCUGUGGCCAGAGCACAGGGGAUGAGAGUCCAGCAUCAUUGUUGCCACCAAAAAAAGAACUUCCCAAAGCAACAACGAGCUGUUCCUCAAGGAAAUCAGGCUUGCCAAAGGAUGCUGAAGGGGAAUCCACAGGAGCUGAGCAGCCACCAGGCAGCACUAAAUUAAGUGAUGCAGCUGUAGGCCAGACUGGGCAGGAAGAGCCAACCAGUGGGAAGAAAAGUGGCAAAGUAAUUCCUGUCCCACAGGAGAAGGAAGAAAGGCCAAAACAACGGACCUGCAUUUCAGAAGCACAGCCUGAGCAAAAGAAACGUUUCUCUCCAGGCUGUGGCAGUCCAAGUGAAGAGAAGUGUGGUUAUAACCUCAGGCAAUGGGAACUGCUGUGCAUGGUGAGAGUUUGCCUUGGAGAACCUCCCUUCCUCCCAAACCACCCAUGGAUUUCUCAAGAAAAACUUCUAAAAAUCCCUUCUAGAAGUAUCAGUUUUUGGCAAUAAGUUGUUCCUUUGGGUAAAUAGGAGCUGAUUGUGCAGUUUCUGAAGGAGACCUGGGAUUGCUGGGGAGACACCGUGUUCCCUGGGAAGGAGCUGUGAUUCACAUCCUUCACAUGACUGCAGGAUGGAAAAACCCUGGAGUUUGGACUGGGCAAGGACACACUCUGUGCUGGGCUGGGAGCCCCUGGGAAGGGCAGAAUUCCAGGGAAUUGGCCUUUUCCUGAGCUCUGAGUGGAAUCCAGAUCAAGCUGCUUUGGCUGGAGCCCUUCUGGUCACUGCCUGUUCUUGCUGAGCAGUGAAAAGAAAACUCUGUGUGCUGUGAGAGGUGACAGCCCAGUGCCAGGCAAAUGUUCCUGCUCCAAACCAGAUGUUUGGACAGUGGUUUUCUAGGAGUGACCCCCAUGGUUGGAAUUUGCUUUGAAAACCAGAUGGUUUUUCAGUUAAAAAAUGUGAUUUCCUGACUUAAGCUCACUCCUGUGCAUAAAUAAAAUCAAAAUAAAGCAGCAAAGUUGUUUUUUUAAAAACAUAAAUGGGGCAAAGCUUUGUAGCACUCUGAGGCCUGCAGAUAACCAAGCCCCUUGAAGUAGUUUGAAUUUUAAUCUCGCUUUUCUGAGGCUGCCUAAAGUUUGUGGGGUUUUGUCUCGUUAUUUCAGAACAUGCAAAUGAGGGGAUUUGAGGUGGGCAAAGCAUUUUGUGAGGAAAAUUUCCUUUUUGUUUGAAGUUGAACCUUCAGCCUUUGUGGUGGGCCAGGGAGAAGGAGCCUUGCAAAGAAGGUAAUGAAGCAGCAGGCAGAAUUCCUGAAAGGAACUUUGAUGUUUUCACUUCUCAAGGUGCCUUCUUAGGAUGUGGUUUGACUUUGAAAACCUCCUACCAAGAAAAUCAGGUACCAGCUGCGAGCACCAAGGAAACAGAGAUUUGUUUUCAAGAGAUGCUGCUGCUCCAGCCUCAUCCAAAAGCUCCUCUCGUGUUUGUUUUAACUUUUUGAUUGACUUUUAUUGCAGAAAUUUCCCAAAUUCUGACCCAUACCCAGUGGGUGAGCAAGAACUUGGCCAAACACUCUGAUUUCCAGAGAAUUCCUGAACACUCACAGUGUUUAUUCAUUGCAUUUUGCUGCUGAGGGGCUGUGCUGGUUCUUGUCCUGCAUUUAGAGGUGUUAAUUGGUCUGGUUUUCAGUGGUUUUAAGUUUCAUUUGUAACUUCUUCUGCAAAAGCAUGAGAUUUGCACCAGAGUUUAUAAAUAUUUUGCAGCUUUUA